AUACAAAUAUUUGAAAUGUUGCAGAGAAAACAAAAAACUGCUAGUAGAUAUUUAUGGAUGUAUUAUGAAGAUUAUAUAGAAGAAUAUCUUAUGAUUAACAGACACCUUGUUCAUCGUUUAGUGGCAUUAGCAUUUUGCUCCAACAAAGAAUAUGUGAAUCAUAUUGAUAAUUAUUCUAUUGACAAUAAAGCAUCCAAUCUUGAAUAG